AAUAUAACAGAAUUUCGCCACAAUAUGAUAAAAUGAGCCGUGGGGCGCACGGCGCAGCUCAAGCGUCCACCACCAAAGGAUAAGGCCAUUUUGCCACUGCGUCACUUCCCAAGCGCUCGCUGCAAAGCUCUCUCAGGCAUGGCCUCCAAUCUUCUCUCUCAGGUGCUGUUUACGAUUCCUAGAAACCCUACACAGUCGCAUCCGAGGACGCUAGGGUGUUCCGCCUUCGUCUCUCGUCAUCCCUCUCCGGUCAAUUUGGCUCGAGCUUCGUUUCCUAGGGUUUCGUCGGAUGCGCUUGGAUCGAGUUUUGACCCCGUGACGGCGAAAUUGGGUGCUUUGUCGUUUGUUGUCAGAGCGGAGUCGAGCUCUGGGGGAGAAGCGGAGGCCACUGAGAGCGUUGAAGAGAGUGAAGCUGCUGAUUCUGAAGCCCCUGAAGUGGAGGCUGAGGCUGAAGCAGAGGUCCAAGAGGAGGAAAAGCCGCCGAGGGAUCCUCGGGUCAAGCUGGGAGACAUAAUGGGGAUCUUAAAUAAGAGAGCCAUUGAGGCAUCUGAGCAGCAAAGGCCUGUUCCUGACCUCAGGACUGGGGACAUUGUGGAAAUCAAACUGGAAGUUCCAGAAAAUAGGCGUAGAUUGUCUAUAUAUAAAGGUAUAGUCAUAUCAAAGCAAAAUGCUGGUAUUCACACGACAAUUCGGAUUCGGAGGAUAAUUGCUGGCAUUGGGGUUGAGAUUGUGUUCCCUGUGUACUCCCCAAAUAUCAAAGAGAUAAAAGUAUUGAGCCACAGGAAAGUAAGAAGAGCAAGGUUGUACUAUUUGAGAGAGAAGCUUCCCAGGCUCUCCACUUUUAAAUGAAAGCCAUGGAGGAGGAUGGUUCUUUGUCAUGUAUUUUGCCUUUAAUUAGUUGCCUUUCCUCGCUUUCCAUGGUAAUUCUAGAGGCUAAAUUUGUUCUGAAUCCUAUUUUUGUGAUGAAAUAUAAAAUUCCCUCGUUUCCCUGAGGUAAUCCAUGAAAUAUUCCAAGGAUUGAUAUAUAUAUAUAUGUAUUUGUAUAUUGGAUUA